AAGCACACUAGAGCUAUAGCCAAUUAGUCUUAAUGGGUUGGGCUGAAAUGAGCCUUUUGUUGGGCCGUCAUCCUUCUUUGUUCUCUCGGAAUCCCGAUUACUGGAGAACAAACUACCGCCGCCGCCUCGUAGUCGCCGGAAGACUGGAAGAGGACGAAGGCUCAGCGAGAGGAGAGGAGGGCCAGGGAGGGAGCGAGAAGGGGAAGCGGAGAAAGGCGACUUGGGAUUUCGGUUGCCGCCCUUGCCUUGUUUGUCUUCUCUCCGCGGCGGCGGUGCAGCUGCUUCUUGGAAUUAAUCCUCCCAGGGAAUUGUCGGUUGUAUCAUGAAUCAGAAAUUUGAUGAUUUCCUUGAACCAUCAAUUCUCCUAGAGGAGACACACUACGGAGAGGGUUUCAGGAUUGGCUAUGCCACUGGCUUGGUAUCGGGUAAGGAAGAGGGGAGGAAGCUUGGUCUGAAUAUGGGUUUCCAGGUAGGUGAAGAACUGGGCUUCUACCAGAGCUGCUUAGAUGUCUGGAUUGCAGCAGAUCACAUCAACCACGGUGCAUUCUCAGACCGCAUGAAGAAGAACAUUGAGCAGAUGGCUGCACUUGUGAGCAGCUACCCUAUUGAAGAUCCAGAGAAUGUGCAAAUUCAGGAAAUCAUGGGGAAGAUAAGGCUGAAGUUCAGAAUUAUUACUGCAAGCUUGGGUGUGAAGUUGGAGCAUGGAGGUCAAUCAAAGUCACUGAAGCAGGGUUUUGAGGAUCUGUAGGCAGUGAGUAAUGGGCAUUAUAUAGAUGUCAAAUUCAGGAAAUCAUGGGGAAGAUGAUGAUGAAGUUUGGGAUUAGUACUGCAACAUUAGGAAUGAAAUGAGAGUCUGAAGGUCGAUCCAAGCCAACGAAGCAGAGUUUUGAGGUCCUGUAGUUUGCUGCACAUUAUGUAGAUGUGAAUUACCCAUAUUGAAGCAUUUCUACCAACACUUGAUCGAGCCCCAGUAAUCUGGUAGUAAAGAAGUUGACUUUUCAUGUGGAUCAUCAUAAUCUUCUGAAUUUCCGCUGUGCUAAGGGAGAUCCAGCUUCCACUCUAAUAAGUUCACGUCUGUCAUCAGAUACUAUGAUUCAAAAAGAAUCAGACAAAUGGACCAUUACGUCUGACAGGAAAAACAAAGGGUUCUGAUGUUGUCAGGUUUGACUUUGCAAUGGACAUGUUACUUUGGGUGUCAACUGUUAUCUUUUUUUUAAGUUAUCCUUUUUCUCUGAAACUUUUUCCCUUCUUUCUUCAUUAAAACAGAGGCAACACAGAAGACAUGCGAUUGAGUUUGUCUCCCUGCUAGUCCAAAAGAAAACAUUGGGAGUGAUGUUUUGAGAUGGAGCCAGAUUUCUGAACUUGUUACUACUUUCCGAACAUUUAGACUUCACAUGGAAACAAUCUCUAAAUUAUCUCUGGCA